AUGGACUCGGCGCCAGCCUUUGCCAUGGACAAGCCGUUCGCCCCCGGCGCCGUGCGCGGCCCGGAGCCGCCCGAAAACGCUCAAAGCCGGAAAAACUUCAGCGUGAGCCACCUCCUCGACCUGGAGGAGGUGGCGGCCGGGAUGAACGGGACCCCCGCGGCCGGUCCCCCGCCCGCCGGGAGCGGCAAGGCCAUCCCGGAGCCGUCGGGAGGCAGCAGCGGCAGCGAGGCAGCGCCCCAGGACGGUGAGAGCCUGAGCCCAAGCUGUGGGGCAGCCAAGAGGAAGAAGAAGCAGAGGAGGAACCGCACCACCUUCAACAGCAGCCAGCUGCAGGCUCUGGAGAGGGUCUUUGAGAGGACGCACUACCCCGACGCCUUUGUGCGGGAGGAGCUGGCCAGGAGGGUCAACCUCAGCGAGGCCAGAGUCCAGGUGUGGUUUCAGAACCGGAGGGCCAAGUUCCGCCGCAAUGAGAGGGCGAUGCUGGCCAACAGAUCGGCAUCUCUGCUCAAAUCCUACAGCCAAGAAGCAGCCAUUGAGCAGCCCAUGGCACCACGACCCACUGCACUGACCCCGGAGUAUCUCUCCUGGACCAGCACCUCCCCGUACAGCACUGUGCCCUCCUACAGCUCCAGCGGGACUGCAGCGCCCACCCAAGGGGUGAACAUGGCCAACAGCAUCGCCAGCCUGCGCCUCAAAGCCAAAGAGUUCAGCCUCCAUCAGAACCAGGUGCCCACCGUGAACUGAGCAGGGCAAACCCCAUCCCAUGGCCUCCUCCAGGAUACAGCGUGGAGCUCCUGUGCCGGUCCAGGACAAAUCCGCUGCCUGCCCAGCACACAUGCCACUCAUCCAAUGCCUCAGCAUCUUCUCUCCUCUUCCCUUCCCUUCUGAAGGUAGAGUCAGUCCCAGGCCGAAGUGGCACAUAAUUAUAGCCACAUAUGGAGCGAACUCGGUUAGAAACUUGCUUUUCCGCACACCCUUAUAAUAACGGCUAUAUAUACACACAUACCCCCCACACGCUCUUUGAGGACAAACAGACUUGCCAAGGGAACAAGAAUUUGCUUCCAAACAUGGAAGGAUCUUGGACUAUUGGAUUUGACCAAUUUGGGUAUCUUGCCCAGAGAGCCAAAGAGUUAUUGGGUCUUCUCCUCCCGCAGGGACAGUGUGGGAGGAUCACGAGCUCCCCUUUCCACCAGGCUGUGACUUGCGGCGCUCAACUGUGUGUGCCAAAGCUGAUCCAUGUCUUCGUUUCUUUGUACAACCCCAGCCACACUGUGGGGUUUGGGACGUCCCAAGGUUUGGGACUUUGGGAAGCUGAUGGCUUGCCCAUGCCAUGGCCAGUUUUGGCCAGCCCUCCUGCAUUUAGGAGCUGCCUAUGCUGAUGGCAUCAGGCUUUGUCCCUUCCCAGAGGGCCAAGCAGAGCUGCAGCACCUCAACAGACCCUCCUGGAGCCUGUGAGCUCUCCCAUGAGCUGGGGAUGCAUCGCCAAUCUCCAAGCAGGCACCGCUGCCCUGCCUCGGCGGAUUUGCCAGCGAUUCUGCAAAGCCCCAGGUCAUUGAACCGUCCCAGGGAACGAGAAAAUUGGAAAAAGCUGUUGGGUUUCAGAUGAGUAGGCGGCUCCCAGCGCUUCGUGCCAACGAAGGCUUUGCCUUCCGGAGGCACAGCCUCCCUGUCGGCAGUGCCGCAGAUGUGCUCGGGGGUCUGGGGCCGGCAGCUCCGUGGGGGGAGGCUUUCUUGGUUUUGCAGAAAGGAAAUGGUUUCCCCCUCAUCCCACCCUGCUGCGCAGCCUAACGAGGUUUCCAAGGUGGGACGUGCAGGGGGAUGGACGUGGGGUGGGCAACCUGGCCCUAAUCCAUGGGACUGAGCUGCAGAAAGACACAGCCCCCACGUUCCCCUGCCGAUUCCACAGCCAGAGGGGUGGGGGUGUGGUGUUCCUGUGGACAAAGCCCACUGAAAACCAGAUCACCCUUUCCUUACCCACUGGAAAGAGCCACCAGCCAAGCAUGGGGACAUCACCAGCUCAGAGGGGUGGCCUGGACAGAGAAGACACCAGCUCUGCUUCCCUAGAAGGGAAGGUUUGAGGGCUGCAGCAGUAGAUCUGAGGACAAAUAGAACAAUUUCCCCCAGCUAAACAUCCUCUGGUUGGUGACACCAGACUGAAAGUGCCACAGCUACAAAGUGCCCACCUGAGUCCCCACAGCUCCCAGGAGCAUCCUCUCCCAUUCCCACUGGGGCUCUCACUGCAGCUGCAUGUGGGACCCAAUGGCUGUGACACCAGGCAGUGCCAGCAUGGGGGAGUCACCCAGCACCCAGAGCUGGAGACCUGGUGGGAGAAGCAUCUCCUCUGCCUGGGGGUGAACUCACAGCCCCUCCAUCCUGCCUGCAGCCCCUGCCUUCUCUGCAGCCCAGUUGGGAACAGGCACCUUCUCCUCCUCAAGCUUGGCAGGCAGGGAGAGGUCACAGCCUGACUGACACUGCCCACCUCAUCUAGGGAGCAGUGUCACCCUAAAUACCCACCCUCUUCCCCCAUCCAUAUUUCCAGGGCUGGUAUCCCUCCCAUGUGUCAUGCCAGAAGAAGAGCAUGCAGCUCCCCACACUGCACAGAGCCCUGCCAAGCCAGGGGGAAGAGGGAUCCACUGUGGAUCAAAACAUCCACCCUGAGAAACACCACUUGGGGCAGGAGGAGGGCCUGGGGGUGCUAUUCCCAUGGAAAGCACAGGGCUCUUUUUUGGGUUAUACAAGAUGAAACCACAGGGAUAUAAAUGUCGCUGCCUCUUUGAGAACAUUAAUGAAAAUAAACCCAUUUAAUAGUUUGCAGAUGCUGUUUCUGUAAACCUAAAAAAAGCAGGGAAUAAAUAUUUCUUCACUAAAUAUCUAUAUGUAUAUAUAUAUUUGAAAACAUUUGCUCCUAAUCUUAGGGCCCCUCCUUUGCUGUGCUUUUGGCAGUUUAUCACAGCUUGUCAGUCAACGCUGAACUCACCAAGAAGAGAUACAAAUUGCACCCAUGGAGGGGUAGCAGGACCGAGGGAUUAUUGUAAUCUAAGCUCUCUCUCGCCCUUUCUAUUUGUACAUUUCAAUUACUUGUAACAAGAUCCAUGGUGGAUUUGGUUUUUUUCUUCUGCAUGUCUGUGUUUUGGAAAUUUUUAUAAGGUUUUUGUAAAAACAACUCUUGUGAAAUAAUGGAGGAAUAAAUAUUUUACUGAGUAGAGACGUGUCAGUGCAUGUGAUCGGGACCUGAGUCUCCCAUCACCAGCCAAUGUGGUUUCCCCACCUGCCCUGGACAAGCAGCCUGGGCAGAAAUUGAAUUAAGAGGCAGCAAGGAAGGUCAGAUUCCGCACAGAAAUUGGGCUGAAAGAAACCAAAGGGUAGAGAUAAAGCAUCAGAUUGUAGAGCACUUUCCAGGGAGCAAAGGCCCAAAGGUGCAGAGCAGGCAUUGAGCACCCAAAACAGGAGGGAUUGGUCAGGUGAAGGCAAUACCAAAUAGUUGAGGCAGCCAAAGUGAAACAGGGCUCCAGGAGCUCACAAUGCUGAGCUAUCAAGCAGCAGAUUUAAUGCAAUGUGGAGGGGUGUGAAGAUUGCCAUGGGGAAGCUGCCCAGCACAUGCUCAGGCUGAAAGGCAGUGAGUAAAGUGGCAGGAAUUGCUAGAAAAGGAUUUGAGAGCAAGGCAGAAAAUAUCCUCACUGCACAAAUAAAGCUGGAAGUCCAUUGCCCCAAGACACUGUGGAGAUCAAUGCUAUGGUGUGUUCAAAGAGGGUGAGAAAGUUAAUUAGCAGUGGGUGUGUGUUGGUGCUACCUGGCAGGGAUUCAAUUGCCUGUGCAGAAAACUGCUGCCCUGCCGACUUCAGGAGCCAGGAGGGCUGGGAGGAGAAGGGACACCUGGGUUUCCCUUGUUUCCUUUACUUGCCUUCACCUGCUGAAUUGCAGCAGCCUCAUGUCAGGCCAGCUCACAUGGUGUCACUUAGGAGAUGUCUCUGUCACCUCCUCCUCCUCCCCAGGCCAUCCUCAAUCCCCACACAGCCUGGGACACACAGAGCUAUCCCAUGUACCCAGAGAGGCUCAGCUCCAUGAGAGCCACAGCAUCAGCUCCUUCCCAGCAGCAAUCUUGGUCCCUCCCAUCACUGGUGGCUGUGGGGACACGUGGGUCCUGUGGACUGCAAGGUUGAGGAAGGAAGGACCCCUAAACAAUCAUUCCAGCUUUCCCUAGAGGGGAAAAAGCCUCAUCCCAUAUCAUCCCUGCAGCACCCAGCUGUCCCCCUAUUGGAAUUACCCCAGGCCCAUCACAGUCCCAUACACUUGACCUCCCUGCCAAACUGCUCUGCUGCUUUGUAACCACUUAUUUAUUCAUUCAGUAAGUGGCUUGUAGAUCAUUAAGGCAAAUUGUCCAAUCUCCUGCAUAAAGAAUAUUACCCAAGCAGCAUCAUCAUGUCCUCAGCACGUGGUCAGUGCAGAGUGUCCCUUUGGAGAGCAUCCAGCCCUGAGUCAAAAGACCCUUGGAAUUGAUGAACUUACACAUCCCAGGGCAGAUUCCUCCAGUGACUCAUUACUGUUGACUGCUGGAAAUAUGUCACUUAUUUCCUGCUUGAACUGUCCCAACUUGAGUUCACCUCCCACUAAAGCAGAAGGUCUCAACCCAUGGUCAGUCAGCUCCAUGGACAUCUGAGGGGUCUCAAACCAGGAGACAGACAAGUGUGGAGAGCUGCAGCUCACCUGGCAGGGUCUGUACUCCACAGGAGAGGGAGAUAUUGCACCAAUGAAGAGGAGCUCAAAGGUUGUGCAACCUCUCCUCUUCCAGGACAGGGACAUUUUUCCUCCCAGGAAUGGCACAUCCUUCACCAGUACUAAUUUCAGCAGCAGAGCUGUCUCCAUCCAUGCACUGCAACUUUGGGAGUGGGGGAAAGUUACAAAGACAUUUGCAAACUGUCUUUUCUCAAAGCAGUUGGUUUUCAACCAGAUGAUUCCAAAAGGGUGGGUCUCAGGUGAUGGGAGGAUCUUUCUGGGCCCCCUUUCCUUGUUUCUGACCCCACAGCCCAACGCUUGGGCAUGACUUGCUGACUGAUGAAAAGUUGAAGUUUGCCCCUAGAAUGUUUUAAUGAGAACAAUUUUGUGUUGUCAUCAGCACUGGCUGCUACAGCAGCAAGACAAAACAGAGCUCACAUUUUCCAGCUCACAGGGACACCCGCCUGGUUGUCCCCAUCCAGAAUGAAUUACAGACACAUCCCAGUUACAGCAUCCUCCUUUCCCAUUAUCCUUGUGCUGCUGAGCCCUUCUCCCUCUGGUGGCAACAGCAAGGUCUGUAGACCCUCUGAGUCCUGCUGGCACUGUGCACAAACUGCACAAACACAUGUUCCUGUGACAGCAACGUGUCGCCUCCCAGCAGCCAAGCCUCUCCUGCCCUUUGGAGCGAUGCUCAUCCCAAACUCCACAUUCCGUGUGGAAGGAGCAUCUCCUCCCUGCAGCAGAUGUUUUGCUCUCUGCUGCUUCUUUCCUACCCCACAGAGAAGCAACCUAAGGCAGCAGAGAUAGUAGCUAUGCACAGGGGGUGUGAUGCUUUAUAAAUACUUGGGAAGAAGGGAGGAAGCAAAGGUUCAUUUUGUAGCUGGUGUCACAAAGCCCAGGAAAAGUUAUCACCUAUGAGAAAGAACUAUCGCAUGGAGAUGCACAGCACUGCAUCCAUACACAACUGCAGAAUCAGGGGAAGUCUGCAAGGACAUCUGCAAAUUGUGUCCUUCCUCAAACCAGCCUGUUUUCAACCAGGUGACUCGGAAAGGGCAAGUCUGAGGUGAUGGGAAGAACUGCCUGGAACCGGCACCGCAUCUGCCCGAUAGACACUGGAGCAGAUACCACCCUCCUCCCCUCAGCCGAGGGAUGGCCACCCUCCCUCCAUCCCAAACACCUCCACGCGCACCCCCAGCUCUCUGGCCAGCAGAUGGGGGCAGAGAAUCGCGGGUGCGGUCCCGGGCAGGGUCCCCGUGUCCCCCCGCAGGCCCCGCAGCCACACGAGGGUGCUGCAGCCCCGCGCAGCGCUCGGAACCGGCCGGGGCGGGGGAGCCCCCAGGGCGCUGCUCUGCUCCACACCCGCCGGCUCCCGAGCCCCCACCAGUCCAACAGGGGAUGUCUGACAGCUCAGCCCCACAGCCGGGUUAGAACACCCCCGCUGGGAAGAGUUUUCCCGGUACCAAGUUCAUCUUUUGUGCCCAAGCAGCAGGGAAGCACGGGUAUCUUCUCCAGGGGCUCAUUUCUGAAUGGCCAUGCCCGCAGAGCUGGCUCCUCUCAUUCUCUCUGCGAGUCACAGGAAUCUCAGUUCCUCAAGAGGAAUGAGGGGAUUUGUGUAUCAAAAUCUCACCUGCUAGAGGGAAUUUUGGGAGGGCAGAAAAGGAAGAGUGAUGUGUGUUAAAGGAGAGCUGCCCAAGGAGGAAUCUUGGUGCAGAUCCCAAAGGGGAAGGUCUGGAUAAAGAGAGACCCAGGAGUGGGGCAGGCACGUAAGGAAGAGGCGUGUGCAGUGCUCAGGGGGAGGAGGGAUCCUGGGGCUUGAACCACCUGAAAGUGUGGGAGGGAGCUGGGUCUCUACUUGCUUUUCUCCCAGCUCCAGACACCUUGAGGGAAGACACGUACUGGUUGUGUGAGUCACAUUCACACAUUUAACCACAGAAGGGAGCGGAAUCGACCGUAAAGAUCAUCUCCUCCCAACCCAUCCUGCCGUGGGCACGGACAGCUUAGGAAAAUUGCUCAAGGUCUCAUCCAACCUGGCUGUGAACUCUGCCAGGGCUGGGGCAUCCACAGCCUCCGUGGGCAGCCCGGACCAGUGUCUCACUGCCCACACAGAAAAAAAAAAAAAAAAUCUUCCUAAUGUCUAACCUUAAUGUGUCCUCUUUCAAUUUGUACCCAUUUAAGCACCAAACUGUUCUGCAGUCCCGGAUGGGUUUCACAGCGUUGCCAUUUCCUGUUUCAGUCAGGUGUGAAAAACAAAUUGUUGGACACAUAAAGCACACACCAAACCCCAGAGACUGGUGGGUGCAACUGUCCUUCCUCUCUUGGAGGAGACACUGGGCACAUCCUUUGCCUACAUUAAUGCCAGAGCAAGGAUUUGGGAGCUCUGGGCUUUAGAUAUUAAUUGGGGAAAGGCAGAGAUGCCUCCCACAUGCAGCAAACACUGGCAGUGUCCAGUGGCUCUGAUCAGGAGAGCCCUGAUGGGACUGGUGCUGCCCAAGCAACCGAGGCCAGCUUGGUCCUGCUUCCCCCAAACUCCCACAACACUUCAAAAUAAGUGCAAUGCUUGGGCCUCUCUCAAGUUUGCCUUGUAGGCUUUUUCUGUUUGUUUUUUCUUUGAGCCAGGAGAAUUCACAUUCCCAAGCUUUUCCCUGCAGCCAGUAAGCAGUUUAUUUUGUUUUCAAUAAAAAAGAAGAAAGCAGAGCUUUGCAUGUAACCUCAGCUUCCCUGAGCAGGGCAUCAGCCUCAGGCACUGGAUAGGCAGCAGAGAAGGGGCUGAG